UCUGGCUUGGGUCAUGGCGUCGGGCAGCGGGGACUUCGCGUCGGGGGGUCGCCUGGACCCCGGGGCCCUGAUGGAGCAGGUCAAGGUGCAGAUCGCCGUGGCCAACGCGCAGGAGCUGCUGCAGAGGAUGACGGACAAAUGUUUCCGAAAGUGCAUUGGGAAGCCCGGGAGCUCCCUCGACAACUCCGAGCAGAAAUGCGUCGCGAUGUGCAUGGACCGCUAUAUGGAUGCCUGGAACACCGUCUCGAGGGCCUACAACUCCCGGCUGCAGAGGGAGAGAGCCAACAUGUGAUGGGGGGCAGUGGGGCUGCUGAGGAGCCCCACCAUGGACUUGGCCGAGGGACCUAUCCUGGCCUCCCAGCAAGGUGGUUUAAUUAGGGCGGGCAGGAUUUUGGUCCGGGUGGCAGGAAAUAAAAUGACAGACCUGUG